GGCCGAAGGAAGCAUCGCUGGACUGGGGAGGGGGUGAUCGCGGCCUGGUCCCCCCCGGAUUUCGGAUGGAUUGGAGAAGAGAGGAGUUGGAUGCAGGAAGGACAAUAUUGGUUGAGGCUAUUGUAGUAGACCAUAUGAGGAGUGAUGAGAGCUUGAACUGUGGUAGCCACUAUGAGUAGAAAGAAGAGGAUGUAUGUGAGAGAUUUGGGGGAGAUAGAAAUGACAAGGCUUGGCCGUUGAUUGGAUAAAGAGCAUGAGGGAAAAUGGAAGAAUCGAAGGUGACUCCUGGACUUCAAAGCUGGGUGGCUGAAAGAAGGUGGUGUCCUUGACACAAUAGGGACAGAAUGGUUUCAAUUCCAGAAUACUAUGAAGGAAAAAAUGUCCUACUCACAGGCGCCACUGGCUUCCUGGGGAAGGUGCUUCUCGAAAAGCUACUUCGGUCUUGUCCUAAGGUGAAUUCAGUAUACGUGCUAGUGAGGCAGAAAGCUGGCCAGACCCCGCAGGAGCGAGUGGAGGAGGUGAUUAGUGGCAAGCUUUUUGACAGACUGAGAGAUGAAAAUCCACAAUUUAGACAAAAAAUCAUAGCAAUCAGCAGUGAACUCACUCAACCGAAACUGGCCCUUAGUGAAGAAGACAAAGAGAUCAUCAUUGAUUCUACUAAUAUCAUAUUCCACUGUGCAGCUACUGUCAGAUUUAACGAAAAUUUAAGAGAUGCAGUUCAACUCAAUGUGAUUGCUACUCGACAGCUUAUUCUCCUUGCACAGCAAAUGAAGAAUCUGGAAGUGUUCAUGCAUGUAUCAACAGCUUAUGCAUACUGCAAUCGAAAGCAUAUUGAUGAAGUUGUCUAUCCCCCUCCUGUUGACCCCAAGAAACUAAUUGAUUCUCUAGAGUGGAUGGAUGAUGGACUAGUAAAUGAUAUCACUCCCAAACUUAUAGGAGACAGACCGAAUACUUACAUAUAUACAAAAGCCUUGGCUGAAUAUGUUGUACAGCAAGAAGGGGCAAAACUCAAUGUGGCAAUUGUAAGGCCGUCAAUUGUUGGUGCCAGUUGGAAGGAGCCUUUCCCAGGAUGGAUCGAUAACUUCAAUGGACCGAGUGGUCUCUUUAUUGCUGCAGGGAAAGGAAUUCUUCGAACGAUGCGUGCCUCCAACAACGCCCUCGCUGAUCUUGUUCCUGUAGAUGUAGUCGUCAACACAAGUCUCGCAGCAGCGUGGUAUUCUGGAGUUAAUAGACCAAGAAACAUCAUGGUGUAUAACUGCACGACUGGCAGCACUAAUCCUUUCCACUGGGGUGAAGUUGAAUACCAUGUAAUUUCUACUUUCAAGAGGAAUCCUCUCGAACAGGCCUUCAGACGGCCCAAUGUAAAUCUAACCUCCAAUCACCUUUUAUAUCAUUACUGGAUUGCUGUGAGCCAUAAGGCCCCAGCAUUCCUGUAUGAUAUCUACCUCAGGAUUACUGGAAGAAGCCCAAGGAUGAUGAAAACAAUAACUCGUUUGCACAAAGCUAUGGUGUUUCUAGAAUACUUCACAAGUAAUUCUUGGGUUUGGAACACGGACAAUGUCAAUAUGUUGAUGAACCAGCUAAACCCUGAAGACAAAAAGACAUUUAAUAUAGAUGUACGGCAGUUGCACUGGGCAGAAUAUAUAGAAAACUACUGCAUGGGAACUAAGAAAUAUGUAUUGAAUGAAGAAAUGUCGGGUCUCCCUGCAGCACGGAAACACCUGAACAAGUUGAGGAACAUACGUUAUGGUUUCAAUACUAUCCUUGUGAUUCUGAUUUGGCGUAUUUUUAUUGCAAGAUCACAAAUGGCAAGAAACAUCUGGUACUUUGUGGUUAGUUUGUGUUAUAAGUUUCUGUCCUACUUUAGAGCAUCCAGCACUAUGAGAUACUGAAGAAAAGAAUUUAGCAUUAGGACAUCUAUGCAUAUGGUGGUCUUAACUGCACAAAACCUGUAAAAUGUACUUAAGUUAUCUCACUUUUUUGUCAAGACAUUAAACCAUCUUAGAUCUGGAGUGUGGAAUAAGUGACAGUACAUUUUAUGUAACAUUUAAAUGUGUUUACUCACAGAAACCUAGAAAAUAAACGGUUGGAUGUCAGCUCAAACCAAUAUUAGCCAAUUCUAUGAUAACCACACAAUCAAGGCUUCACAUUUUUACCCUGGAGGGUGUUUUGGGGAUGGGGGAACAAGGAGGGAGAAAGGUGGGAAAAAAUUAGGACCACUGACCAAUAUAACUGUGCAACCCUGGAAACACAUCAAUUGAAAUCUAUGCCUUAACAUAGUGAAUUUCUCAUUGUAAUUUUAACCUGAAUGGGAACAUUCAUUUGGACAUAAAUAUUGGCUUGUUUUAACGAAAUCUUUUAUUUUUCUUUUCCAUGAGAAUGUUUUAGUCCUAUAUAAAAUCUUGUCUAAAGCAUGGCACACAUUUAUUCUUUAAGUUAUUGAAAAUUCUCAAACAUGAAUGUGGUGGUAUAAUUUUUUUUAACAUUUUUUUCAAUUGUUAAAGGAUUUGAUUCAAUUAGUUUACUUAAUUUUAUUGUUGAAAGACAAGUUAGCCAUAUGUUCUAUUUGACCUACAGGAUUUGAUGGGUUUCAAAAUUCAUAUUUUUUGAUGUAUUUUUGAAGGGAAAUUAAAAACCAACAACACGGCAGAGUAGUUAAGAUAUUAAAAGGAAUAGAAAUACCAGCUGCUAAGUUUUUCCAUUUAUGGACGAUCGUGAAAUCAGUCUAGUAGGAAUCUCUUGAACUUUUGAAGCCUAAAGAUUUCUUUAGGCCCUUAUCCAUGUCUUUUGUUCACCCCUUUUAUAAAAUUGUCUUCAUAGAAUUUUAAGACAUAUCCUUUCUUUCCAACAAAAACUGAAUGUGCAUUAUGAAAGAAUGUAUUUGAGCAGUGAUGCCAUCUACCAGAAUACAGAUGUGUGUAAGCACAUACUACUUUUCUAACUUGCAAGCUGAAUUCCUUCAAGAAAAAACAAUAAUGCUUCAAAGAAUAAUGUGUAUUAAAUCCAAAUAAAGGAGUUUAUUAACAUACCAUGUUUAAUAGCAAACUGUUGACUGAAUUUGGAGAUACUGUCUAUUUUCUGUGCAUGUGGUUUUAGCUUUAGGAAGAAAAACAUUUAUAGAAACUUCUAGGGAUAAGAAAGAGUUGAAGUAUAUUUUAAUGACGUUAUGGUUUCUCUUUAAAUCUCAGUAGAAUGCUAUAUUAUACUCUUUUAACAUAACUUUCAUUUAACAAAUUGUUCAGCAUAACACUGUGUUCAGAUUAAAAAGAUCACGUUGUACUGUAUUGAAAUCAUCAGCAAUGAAUCUUUGACAAUAUUUAAAGAGGUCAAUUCACAACACAAAAGAAUUACAUAAAAAUCAAAACCUUGGUAUUUUCUUUGUCCGUUUCAAAGCAAUGUCUGAAAAGCUUAUUUUGUUACUGUUGUGAAAAGCUAACUGUAAAGGAAAACACCUUCUUUCAUGUAGGUGUAUAAUCUUGAGAUGAAAAAAUGCUUCCAUGUUGAAGCCAAACAUUCUGUAGUAAAAACUGUAAAUAUCCUUUUAAAUGAUACUCUCUCUAUAUAUACAUAUAUAUAUAAAUAUGUGUGUAUAUACACAUAUACAUACAAUGUAUACAUGUGUGUAUAUAUGUGUGUAUAUGUGUAUGUAUGUGUGUGUGUAUAUACAUAUAUAUGUGUGUAUAUAUAUAUAUAUAUGUAUAUAUUCAUUCUUUGAAAUGCUACUUGCUUUCUGGUCCAGGACCAUGCCUUUUCAAGGUGUGAGAGACCUAAAUAGCGUCUAAAAUGGAAUAAAUGAUGGUUCCUGUGGUUUUAACUGUUCCACUUAAUUAAUAUUCCUACUGUAUACAUUAAACCACCUCCCUGAAUGUAUUCUGAUUAUAUGGAAAAUAUGCUAAUAUGGGUAUGAUUUACGGUUUCUGCAAAAUAUACCUAGAAUCCUGAAGUCUAUCUUUGUAUUUUGUAUGUGAACUUGGAGGGAGAUGCAGCUGCUCCAUAACUGUGGAGUGGAGCAGGGAUAUGCACGUUGUAUGUGUAUGUACAUAUGUAUGUACGGACGGAUGUUCAGCUGUUUCAUUGUUCCCGUUGUGACCAUAACUUUUAAAAGUAUGUCUACUUCUGAAUUCCUCUGAUUGUAAGUCUGGGAGGUGCUGAAGCCCCUGCACUCACUUUCUCUGUCAAAAAUUCUGCUUUUAAAGGAAGGCUGUUAAAUAAAUUAACUGUGAAUCAGUGCA